GCAAUCUUAUUAUAAAAAGUGCUUAAAAGUGCAUCCUUCAAAAUGCAAUUCUUCUCUGUGAUAAAUGACAGGUAUUGACGAUAUAUCUUCCGAAAGACAACGACGGAGUUGGCGACGAUAUUGUCCUCGUGCGAGCGAUGUGCAUCUUCGGAAACCAAUUAAACUAGCUGUUUCUUCGCGAGAACGUAUAUUUCCGCCUUAUGGAAUAUUUGUCGAACUAAAGUCGAUCUUGCGAUCUUUGAUUCCGAUUAGUGAAUUCAAGGAGAAGUUUCCGAGGCGUGGCGCUCUCGCACAACACUUGAACUUGAUAAGGGAAUACAAGAUGAUGCUGCUGCAGGAACCCGGUUGGAAGUUGGAGCGUAAGGGCUCGGGGGCGCAGGUGCUGCGCAAGGACGGAUCCCACUUCAAGAGCAGCACCGCGCGCGUUUGCUUCCGAUGCGACGUGGAAGUGCAUGAAUUCGUGCGCGAUGAAGAUUACAGCGAGAACAUGGAAACGGAAACGGCCGCGAGUCCCCUGGCGAUGUUGUCCAGCUGCGUGGCGGCGCUCUGCGUCACCAUCCUGCUCCCUUGGCUCCUGAUCGGUGGUUAGAUCGCGCCGUUUCUAUCGUCGAUCAUGGGACUGCACCCCAAUUGAAAAGUUCGCAUCGACAACAUCAUCUUCUUUGACUGAUCUUCAACGAGUGAUAUGAGUGCGCUCGGAUAUUGGUAUCCACCUGGUCGCCACGCCGGUGGUUCCGAUAAUCGCUCAAGGUAUAUUCUAAUGACUAAUAAUGGUUGUAACAUCGUUAGGAUAUGCCUAACGAGUGUUAAAAUAAUUAUAGUCAUGGAUAUCGUAAUACUGUUGGGCAUUUCUUUCGAUUAGAGUAGAGCUGUUCUUGCUCGAAUAUCGACGAUCGGAUGUCAUUCGCGGAAAGGCAUCUGAAAUUGCGAGAUUGUCGCUACAGUUAGCUGUUCGACUGGUGAAUCGAGGUAGAUAGAUAAAUGGGUUUUAUCGCUACGAUUGUAAAGGAUUUGCGUAAUUGCAUUUGUCGCAUUUAUAGUAUACAAUCAAUACCGAUGAUCUAGAAAUUUGUUUUUAUGAUUAAGAAGUUUUUUUCUAUGCUAUUUCGGAAAUUGUCUUAAAUUUAUGACAAAACAAAAUUUUUAUUUAAAAAAUUUAAACGCGAUUUAAUUAAUAAAAUUACGAAAUACGAAAUAUUUUUUAUUAAAUACGUAAUGAACGUAUGUAAGGUAAGUGAGCUAUUAGAAAUUGGUAACUCGUUUGAAGAAUAUCAAGCUUGUGCAUAUUUUUUAGACUAAGUUGUAGUAUUUAACAAGCAAUGUCAAAGUUUGGAUGUUAUAAAUGAGAAUAUUUGACUGAUUUUUUUUUUUGUAAUAGUUACAGUAAUAGUUGAACAUAUAUAGUUACUUGUAAGAUAUAUGCCGAUCUUAUAACGGUACAAAAUUCAAUGGUGAUUAUAUUUUGCUAAAUGUUAUGUAAUUCAAAUUUUGUAAACAUUUUGUAUGUGUAAGAGGGAGACGAUAUAAAUAAUAAGUAAAAAAAAAAGGAAUAUCCA